AUGCACUUACUCAACAAAAAAGAACAAGUUAAAGGUCGUGUACGUUUAGGUAUUCAAGCAUUUGCUGAAGCAUUAUUAAUUAUUCCAAAAGCAAUUGCACAAAAUGCUGGACAUGAUCAAUAUGAAUAUACAACAUCAAUGAUACCAGUUGGAAUUGAUAUUGCAACAGGUGAAGCAAUGGAAUCAAAAUCAUUAGGUAUUUAUGAUAAUUAUCGUGUUAAAAAACAAUUAAUUCACUCAAGUACAUCAAUUGCAACCAAUUUAAUUCUUGUUGAUGAAAUUCUUCGUGCUGGCUUAUCAUCAUUGCGUCCAGGUGGACAAUAA